AGCCCUGCCCACUUGCGACUGACAGCCAGAGUAGUCAUGCGGCGUCGGCCUUCUCUGUUGUGAUUCUCCUACGCAGAGCACCGAUGUCCGACUUCCGCGAUUCAACGUAGCGAGCCGAGCGAAUGAUCACAACCCGGAUUUAUUCCGGGCUAGAUCGAGGGAAAGUGGCGUCGUGCUACGGUACCGGGGUUCCCCGGGAGGACAUGGAGGGGACGGCGGAGCGGGAGUACGAGGAGCGCCGAAGGGAACACUGGAAGCUUCUGUCCAGCCUGAAGACCACGGUGGAGGGCCUGGUGUCCACCACCAACCCCAAUGUGUGGUCGCGCUACGGGGGCCUGCAGCGGCUGCAUAAGGACAUGAACAACAUCCUCAGUCACGGGCUGACCAAUGAGCAGGUGUAUUACAAGCAGAGGGAUUACUGGCCGUACGUGUGGUGUGUGCGGUAUAUAAGCCCACACCUGGCUUCGCACGUUGAGCAGUUCAGUUCCCUGGAGCCCGUGCCCUGCAGCGGGGCCCAGGGCGGGGGGGAGAGCUACAAGGCGGAGCGGUGGCUCCUCCACAGCCUGCAGGUGCACAUGCUGUCGGUUCAGCUCCGGCCCCUGCUCAGGCACCAGGGCCACACCCGCAAGUACUACAACGACACGGCCUUCCUGUUGAGCGAGCCCCAUGUGACCGCCAUGUUCCAGUGUCUGGAGGCCUUGGAGCAGAACAACCCCAAGCUACUGGCCCUUGUGGACACUGUGGCGCUUUCACCCAUGAGGUCCCAGCCCUGCAUCGGCCUGCUGAAGACCCAGAGCAUGUGCGUGCUGCCUGGCUCCUGGAGAGCCACCGACGGGCCCCCCAAGGGCCAGGCUCUGAGCCACCGGCUCACCACGUCCAUCAGCUCCCUCCGGGAGGUCGACGAGGCGGCGGCCCAGAGCACCGCACGCAGACACACAGACAGCGACCCUACCUCUUCCGCCGUCAGCCUCGGCCCCGACUGGGUCCCCGGGGCCGGGGGGGGCGGCGUGCGGGGCCCCACCCCGUCCGCGGCCCCCCUGCUGAUGCCCCCGCUCAUCUCGCUGACCUCGUCCCCCCGCUCGUCCUCCCCCAUGCCCGAGGCGGGGGAAGGGGACUACGACGACGGCCCCGAGUACCUGGCCAUCGGUAACCAGGGGCAACGCAGUCGCCAGGACUCCCGAAGCUCCACCCCCAACCGGGGGCCGGCAGAGUCCGCGGCCCCGCCCCCGCCGCGCCGGAGUUCCCUGGCCGUUGCUCCUCCCCCUCCCCGGCGCUCGUCCUUCUCCGAGGGCCAGCGGGGGCCGGCCCGGGUGACCAGGGGCCACAUACGCUCCAUCUCCGACACGGGCGUCGAUCAGAAGAGACAAGAGUCGGCAGGCGACGACUGCUCCAUCAAGGACUACAACCCCUUUGCCACGCACAGCAGUGAUGUCAGUGCAUCCGGCUCGCUCUACAUGGAGUCCAAUUGCUCAGAGCACAGCGGCGUUCCUGACGGAAUGUUCCGGAAGCCUUCGAAAGGCCAGAGCCUCAUCAGUUACCUGUCAGAGCAGGACUUUGGCAGCUGUGCUGACCUUGAGAAGGAAAAUGCCCACUUCAGCAUUUCCGAGUCGCUGAUCGCAGCGAUUGAGCUGAUGAAGUGCAAUGUCCGGCGCCGGGAAGAGGAGGGUGACGAGGAAGAGGACAGCGACUGUGAGAUCCAGCAGCUCAAGCAGAAAAUCCGCCUGCGAAGGCAGCAGAUCCGCCGCAGCCACCUGCCGCCAUGCAGCUCCGCGCAGCACGCGCUCCCCUCUACAGACAGCGGGGGAUCCCGGAGGAGCUCCCGGGAUUCCUCCCAGGGGCUCUCUGACUCUGGGUCGGCGGAGGAGGUGGGGGAGUGCGAUCUAGAUGACGACUGUGCUGGCCAAUCCCUGCUGGCGGUCUCUCAGAACGGCCUCACCUUGUCACUCGCAUCUCUCUUCUCAGAGGCUGACAUCAAGCGCAGCGUCACCUCCACCAAGUCCUUCCUCAGCUCCGACUCCAUCUGCCCGUCCUUCCUCCAGUCUAACUCUGCUGAGUCGGUGGCCAUGGGUCUGCUCAGACAGUUCGAGGGCAUGCAGCUUCCUGCUGCGUCCGAGCUCGACUGGCUGGUUCCUGAGCAGGACGCUCCGCAGAAGCUGCUGCCCAUCCCGGACUCCCUCCCCAUCUCCCCGGACGACGGCGAGCACGCCGACAUCUACAAGCUGAGGAUCCGGGUGCGAGGCAACCUGGAGUGGGCCCCCCCGCGGCCCCAGAUCAUCUUCAACAUCCACCCGGCGCCCAAGAGGAAGAUAGUGGUGACCAAGCAGAACCACCGCUGUGCUGGCUGUGGCAUCCGCGUGGACCCAGACUACAUCAAGCGGCUGCGCUACUGCGAGUACCUGGGCCGCUACUUCUGCCAGUGUUGCCACGACAACGCCCAGGCGGUGGUGCCGGGGCGCGUGCUCCGCAAGUGGGACUUCGGCAAGUACUACGUCAGCAACUUCGCCCGCGACCUGCUGGGCAAGAUCGCCGGCGACCCGCUGUUCAACCCCAACGACAUCAACAGCGGCCUGUACAAGAAGAUCAAGGCUCUGGAGGCCGUCCGGGUAUUGAGGGUUCAGCUGUUUCACAUGAAAAACCUCUUCAAGACCUGCCGCCUCGCCAGAGAUGUGCUGGACCAGUUUGACAGUCUUCCAGGGCACCUGACGGAGGACCUCCACCUCUUCUCCCUCAACGACCUCGCUGCCGUGCGCAGCGGCGAUCUGGUCCCCCGGCUGAAGGAGUUACUGAAGCACGGUUCCACGCACGUAGCUGGCUGUGUGCUGUGCCAGGCCAAGGGCUUUGUGUGCGAGUUCUGCGGCAACGGCAAAGACAUCAUCUUCCCCUUCGACCUGAACAAGUGCCAGCGGUGCGAAGAGUGCCACGCCUGCUACCAUCGCGGCUGCUUCCGCGCGGGCAAGGAGUGUCCGCGGUGCCAGCGGUUAGCCGCGCGCCGCGAGCGCAUGGCCCGCAAGAACAUGGAGGAGCAAGAGGACGAGGGCGGCGGGGGGUAGGGAGAACCCCGGAGGAGAAGAACGUCGAUUAUAUAGAAUAUAUAGAAUAUAUUAAUAUAAAGAACGUAUGAAUAUAAAGAAAAGCAAAAAACGUCACGACUUUUGAUUGUAGAGACAGCUCAGUCUCCCCGGACUGGGAGACCUUAUAUAGACCUUCUCUUCCGGUCGCCCGGUUACGUUCUUCCUGCAGGAGGAAAAACAAGACGGUUUAAUUAUUCGGGACGUCGGGAGUAGCACAUAGUUGAUCGCAUCAGGACUGAUUAUAAUCACAUGAGAUUUUGUGUAGGGAGGCGGGGGAGGGGGAAUAUCUACUGAGACAUGUACGGGCUAAUCAGAUUUAUAAACUUUUUUCCAGACUUUUUGGUACCGUCCCGUUUUCAGAAACCAAUCGUCCUGACAUGAAGACAUUCUAGCAUCACACACCCACAAUUCCAAGGAGACGCUUCCUUCUACCAGAAGCGCAGCUUUUGGGAUGUCCUCUGAUUCCCGGAGCUAUGAUUCUGUGCUUCUUCUUUCAUCCUAUGAUUCAGUUAAAUCGCUUGGAAGGCCAAGUCCGAACCUCCCUUCUUUUUUAGGUGCUUCUUAUUGUGUUCCAAGUCGUUUUAUUUUGAAGGUGUCGGGGUAAGGGUGUGGUUUCUUUCCUUUUACCGUUGCUUUUUGUAUUGGUUUUUAGUGGGUUUUUAGCCACGCUAACGUGCCUCUGGUAGCUAAUGUAGGUAAACUUUGAAAGUAUUCAUGCACAAUCGCCGGAUUAGUACAAAUGUUUUCCUUUUUUUCAUUCAAAUGAAAUUGGAGAGACGCUGUGUGUGUGUGUGUGUGUGUGUGUGUGUGUGUGUGUGUGUGUGUGUGUGUGUGUGUGUGUGUGUGUGUGUGUGUGUGUGUGUGUGUGUGUGU